AUGAAGACUCUAACGAUCGAGGGUUGCCGUGAUGUCACGUCUCUGCCCGAGUCUCUUUUCCGCCUGCCGUCCCUCACCAGCCUCACCCUUGACAUGCCACAACUUUCAGCCCUGCACGAAGAUAUUGGGCAGUUGUCAGAGCUUGUGACACUUUCGCUGAACUUGAGGAAUCUCUCGGCCUUGCCUGAUUCCAUCGCCCUUCGUAGCACGCUUCAAGAGCUCUCCCUCGAGAAUAUCGUGAGCCUGACGUCUCUGCCCGAGGAGUUCGGGCAGCUGAUUUCUCUGGAAACGAUGAGUCUGAACCGUCUUUACCGCCUCACACGCCUGCCCAAAUCCCUCGGGCAGUUGACAUCUCUCCGGAAGCUGGAAAUUCUGGUGCGUGGGAGGCUGCAGCAACUCCCGGACUCACUAUCCCAGCUAUCUUCCCUCGAGCACCUGGAGAUUUACGAUUGCCCACGCCUCAAGAUACUACCAGACGACAUGGGAAAGGGGGCACCUUGCAUGCCACGCCUGUCUGCCCUUCCUGCCUCAUUCUCGGGCAUGUUUGCACUCACCAGCCUGGAAGUGGGGAAGUGCCCUAAAGUAACUAUCCUUCCCAAAGGGAUCGGACGGCUGGAGGCGCUCGAGGUGAUCAAGAUCUUUGGGAUGGACGGCCUGAAACGCCUCCCUGCGUCCCUUGGACAGCUGUCCUCUCUUACACAACUGAAGCUCCUAAAGAUGGACAAACUUGUUUCUCUCCCCAGCUCCAUCUCUCAACUCUCGCAGCUGCAAAGGCUCCGGGUUGAUUGGGCCAAGAAUCUGAAAGCACUGCCUGAUGCCCUUGGUGGACUCUCCAGGCUGCAUUGCUUGCAGCUAGUUCGCCUAUACACGAUGCGGCAGCUGCCCGAGUCUUUCGGGCAAUUGAAGAUGCUCAAGAGCCUAGAAAUCAUCGAUUGCUACAAGCUGAUGCAGCUUCCAGAGUCCUUCGUGGAUCUAUCCAACCUACGAUCCUGCGCUCUUGUCACUCUCGAGAUUUCAACCCUUCCAGAUGAUAUUUGGAAGCUGUCUUCCCUCACGAAUUUGCUGAUAACGGGACUGAAGCAGUUGCGCAGCUUGCCAGAGUCGUUCACUCGGCUGCCUAUGCUUGAGGAGCUGCAUGUGCGUGAGUGCAAGAAGCUGGCUCGGCUGCCGUCUUCUCUCCGGAGAAUGCCGACGUUGCGUACAUGCAAGGUCGUUGAUUGCCCUUUGCUCACCCAGCGAGACACGAGGCGGUUUGUUGCAAGGAGAAGCGAGGACGGGGAGGAGGAAGAAGGGGAGGAGGGGGAAGAGGGAGAGGAAGAGGAAGGGGAGGAGGGAGAGGAAGAGGAAGGGGAGGAGGGAGAUGAAGAGGAAGGGGAGGAGGGAGAGGAAGAGGAAGGGGAGGAGGGAGAGGAAGAGGAAGGGGAGGAGGGAGAGGAAGAGGAAGGGGAGGAGGGAGAGGAAGAGGAAGGGGAGGAGGGAGAUGAAGAGGAGGGGGAGGAGGGAGAGGAAGAGGAAGGGGAGGAGGGAGAGGAAGAGGAAGGGGAGGAGGAAAAGAAAGAGGAAGGGGAGGAGGUAGAGGAAGGGGAGGAGGGAGAGAAAGAGGAAGGGGAGGAGGGAGAGAAAGAGGAAGGGGAGGAGGGAGAGGAAGAGGAAGGAGAGGAGGGAGAGAAAGAGGAAUUGGAGGAGGGAGAGAAAGAGGAAGGGGAGGAGGGGGAGAAAGAGGAAGGGGAGGAGGGAGAGAAAGAGGAAGGGGAGGAGGGAGAGAAAGAGGAAGGGGAGGAGGAGGGGGGAUCCGCCCUGCAGAGCUUCCUGUCCCGCGCGGAUCAACUCGAGGCUCUAGUGGAGAUGUAUGCGUCCGCCCUGCAGAGCUGUCUCUCCCGUGCGGAUAGGUGGAGGCGCUGCUGUCUCUCCCGUGCCGAUGAACUCGAGGCACUGGUGGAGCUGUAUGCGGGGCCGCAGCGAAUGACAGCGCUGCAGGAGAACAAGGCGCUGCAGGAAGCCGCUGAGAAGCCUCCUCCCAGCGUGUCCCCGCAGGCCGUGGCGUUCACCAAGCGUGCUCUGCUCACCCUGCAGGUGGGGCUGGUUAGGGCUUGA